AUGCGGCCCCCGCGGAAUAGAACACAGCUGGCGGGGCCGAGGCAGGAGCCGGACCGGGCGCUUGGCCGGGAAGCUGGUUGCCGGGCAGGGGGAAUGGCCGGCGCCGGAUUGAGAGCGGUGGGGUGCCGCUGGUUACGGCUCCGGGGAGACGACGUCCCUGGCUGGCAGCGAGCGGCUGCCACCUCCUCCUGCCAGGGCUGCGGUCCCUCGGCCCCCGGCCCCGCCUGUGCAGGCUCCUCCAGCCCGGGUUCCCACUGUCCCGUCGCCAACACCUCCUACUCAUCCCCUGACCGGGUUGCCCUGCGCAGUGCCGCCUCAGCCCCUGCCGCCCAGUCUCCCGAGCCCAGCGCCUACCUGUGGUCUAGGUACCGGGAGAUGAGGAAGCUGGUCCACGACCUCCUUCCUCCCGAAGUCUGUAAUCUCCUUAACCCUGCCGCAAUCUAUGCCAACAACGAGAUCAGCCUGGGGGAUGUGGAGGUAUACGGGUUUGACUAUGACUAUACCUUAGCUCAAUACUCAGAUUCGUUGCACUCCAUGAUUUUCAACACAGCCAGAGAGAUCCUGAUACAGCAGUAUAAGUACCCAGGAGAGAUCAGAAAAUAUGAUUACAUCCCAGAUUUCGCCAUUCGAGGCCUACACUAUGAUGUGCAAAAGAGUCUUCUGAUGAAGAUUGACGCUUUCCAUUACGUCCAGUUGGGAACAGCCUACAGGGGUCUCCAGCCUGUUCCUGAUGAAGAAGUUAUUGACUUGUAUGGGGGAACCCAGCACAUUCCACUCUACCAGAUGAGUGACUUCUAUGGCAAGGGCCCCUCUCUCAAGCAGUUCAUGGAUAUCUUCUCGCUUCCUGAGAUGGCCCUUCUCUCCUCCGUGGUUGACCACUUCCUUGCUCAUAGCCUGGAGUUUGACCAGACUCACCUCUACAAGGAUGUCUCGGAUGCCAUCAGAGAUGUCCACAUCAAGGGCCUGAUGUACCAGUGGAUCGAGAAGGACAUGGAGAAGUACAUACUCCGUGGAGAUGAGACACACGCUGUCCUGACCCGCCUCGUCAACCAUGGCAAGAAGCUUUUCCUCAUCACCAAUAGCCCCUUCAGCUUUGUGAACAAGGGGAUGAAGCACAUGGUUGGCAAGGAUUGGCGAGACCUUUUUGAUGUAGUCAUUGUCCGAGCUGACAAGCCAAACUUUUUCACAGAUAGGCGCAAGCCUUUUAGAAAACUGGAUGAAAGUGGUGUACUCCAGUGGGACAAAAUCAACCAUUUGAAAAAGGGAACGAUCUAUCGUCAGGGAAAUCUGUUUGACUUCCUACAUCUGACAGGGUGGCGGGGGUCCCGAGUGCUGUAUUUUGGGGACCACCUCUAUAGUGACCUUGCAGACCUCAUGCUACGCCAUGGUUGGAGGACAGGCGCCAUCAUUCCUGAACUGGAGAGAGAAAUUAACAUCAUCAACACGGAGCAGUACAUGCACUCACUGACCUGGCAGCAGGCCCUCACAGGGCUACUGGAGAGGAUGCAGACCUACAGAGAUGCUGAGUCAAGGCAGGUGCUAGCAGCCUGGAUGAAAGAACGCCAAGAGAUCAGGUCUGUCACCAAGAACCUCUUCAACCCCCGGUUCGGAAGCAUCUUCCGCACGUUCCACAACCCCACGUACUUCUCGCGGAGGCUCGUGCGCUUCUCGGACCUGUACAUGGCCUCCCUGAGCUGCUUGCUCAACUACAGCGUCAACUUCACCUUCUACCCGCGCCGCACGCCGCUGCAGCACGAGGCCCCGCUCUGGAUGGACCAGCUGUGCACGGGCUGCAUGAAGACGCCCUUCCUGGAGGAGAUGGUGCACAUUCGUUGAGGCCCCCCCGAAGGUGGCAGCCCUCCCAGAGAGCGAACCUUGCAGAGAAAUGCCCCGCCCUGCCCCAUGCCGCUCCAC